AUGGAUUACUCAACGUGUAUCGUGCUUCUAGUACUGUGCUCAAAAUGUGUCGGAGUUAACAUAAGGAAGAUAGAAGUGCCUGCGUUAGUGGAAGUGGGCACCGAGACGGUCGUGCUCGACUGUCAGUAUAAUGUCGACGUAAUGUCACCGAGGGUCGGUCUCGUGAUGAAGUGGUUCUUCAACGGGUCGUCGGGGCUCGUGUAUCAAUGGAUACCGCCGAUGAGGCCGCAAGUCAUUGGCCUUUUAAAAGGGAAAGUGGACAUGAACUUUAAAAUUUCAGACGACCCUUUGCAGGCGUACAGAGCAAUAAAAAUACGGAACCCGACAACAGAUCUAAGCGGCAACUACACUUGUGUCGUUUCCACAUUCUUAGAGGAGGAUCGGCAAACAAGGACAAUGCUCGUAUACAGUCCAGCGCAAAACUUUCGAUUCGUCCAAGAAAAGAAAUACGUAUUUCUAGUGACGUUAAUUUGUUCCGCUGAAAAUUUGUAUCCGAGACCCGUUGUGGUUAUACUGUCAAACGGAGUACCGCUGAAACAAGCCGUAACAGAGAUGAAGAUGGAUUCGUGGGGCCUAUACGCAGUUACUACGACAGCUGUGGUUCACGAUGAUGAUGUUGCGAGACCUUGGGAGGAGUUCGUGUGUGAGCUGUCUCUACCGCAAGCCAACUACUCCUGCAACAGAACUACCGUAUACUAUCCCGGAUUAAUGCCAACAGCGCAUAUAGCUGCUUUUGAGGUGAAUAAACCACAAGAACGUUUAUCGAAUAGUGGCACGGCUUCAACGACCAACGACUCCUUAGUGAUCAUUUUGUUUCUUCUUCUUGAAGUAGCUACGCAU